AUGAACGUAUCGGACGUGAUAAGCAUAACCAGACCCACUCCCGCCACUAUAGACUCGGACGUGGACAUGUCGGACGACGAGUCCACCCAGGUCAAGCUGUCGAUAGUGACGCCAGGUGAGAUGGUGACAGAUGAUCCUGUUUGGAUGAAGGGCCAUGGUACCUACUUUCUUGAAGACAAGACGUACUCGUCGGUGGCAGGAAACAUCUCCAGAGUCAACCGUUUGUUGAGUGUGAUACCGCUCAAAGGAAGGUACCAGCCUGAGACUGGUGACCACAUCAUUGGCAGAAUUACCGAGGUGGGCAACAAGAGAUGGAAGGUCGACAUCGGAUGCAAGCAAGACGCCAUUUUGAUGUUGGGAUCGGUCAACUUGCCAGGAGGUGUGUUGAGAAGAAAGUCGGAAAGCGACGAAUUGCAGAUGAGAAACUUUUUGAAGGAAGGCGACUUGUUGAACGCCGAAGUACAGACCAUUUUCAACAACGGAAUAGCCUCGUUGCACACCAGAUCAUUGAAGUACGGAAAGUUGAGGAACGGUAUUUUCUUGAGAGUCCCUUCCAACUUGAUUGUCAAAUCCAAGAACCACUCCUAUGACUUGCCGGGGAACGUAAGUGUGAUCUUGGGUAUAAACGGGUACAUCUGGUUGUCCAAGACCACCAACAGCUCGCACAACAAGAACAUGACCGUGAACUCCAACGCAAACAAGAUAAAUGCCUCUGGUGAUCCGUCAUACGUGCCUGGGGCUGGAUCUGUGGCCAUCACCAGAUUGGAGGAAGAAAGUUCCUGGGAAAUUUACUCCGAUAAAAAUGAUCCAAAUAUCACCAAUUCGGUCAGAUCUAACAUCACCCGUUACAACAAUGUGAUCAAGGCGUUGGCCUACGGAGACUUGGGUAUAACUGAACAAAGAAUCAUAAUGGGGUACGAAGCUUCGAUGGCAUUUUCUAAUGUUGGCAGUAUGAUCGACAAGGACGCUAUGGAAAGCAUUUGUCAAGAUGUCAUCAAUAACGAGAAAAUGAGAGGGUAA